AAGGAUUUUGCUCUGCUCCUUCUUCAGAAUCAAAAUCCAAGCCUCUUUAUUGGAAAGUAGACAACCCUACACUCUCUCCUAUACACCUUCAAGAUUUGCCUGGAUUUACACGCAGCGUUUAUAAGAGUGAUCAUGCUUUGAUAACACCAGAAAGUCAAGUUUAUAGCCCAUUACCUGAUUGGAUCAAUACAUCCGGGGCAUAUUUAGUUACACCAGAAAUGGGUUCACAUUUUGUAAUGUACCUGGCUAAAUUGAAAGAGAAUUCUAGAUCAGGAUUACCCCCGCAUGGUGUUGAGAGAUUAAUCUUUGUGCUCCAAGGUGGUGUCACACUCACUACUGCAACCGGCAACAGCCAUAUUCUGAAGGUGGAUUCUUAUGCUUAUUUACCUCCAAAUUUUGAACAUUCCAUUGAAAGUGAUUCUCCUGCUACUAUUGUUGUAUUUGAACGAAGAUAUGCUCCACUACAAAAUCACGUCCCAGAGCCAGUGGUUAGUUCAACAGAUAGACAGCCACUCCUUGAAACACCAGGCGAGAUUUUUGAACUGCGGAAGCUUCUCCCUACAUCUUUGGCAUAUGACUUCAAUAUCCAUAUUAUGGAUUUUCAACCUGGGGAAUAUCUCAAUGUCAAGGAGGUGCAUUACAACCAGCAUGGUUUGCUGCUGUUGGAAGGGCAGGGGAUUUAUCGUUUGGGCGACAGUUGGUACCCAGUUCAAGCAGGUGAUGUCAUUUGGAUGGCACCAUUUGUUCCACAAUGGUAUGGUGCCUUAGGAAAAACUCGAUCACGUUAUCUCUUGUACAAAGACGUGAACAGAAGCCCAUUAUAAUCGCCAUGUUGGGUAUUCAGAUGAACAACAUGAAUGAUAUUAGCCACCUUAGCUGAUGUUAUAAAUAAAAAGGUUUGUUGCUGAAUACAUCUAAUUCUUCAUAAAGUGUAAAUUACUUUAUUAGCUUUGCUUCAGUACAAUUUCGUUUUGGGCAUGCCUUGAACAAACAUAUCCGUGUACGAAAUUAGCUUUCAUGCUUCAUCUUUCAUUUUCAGCACUGGUUUGAGUUUUUCAUCGAUCCAAAGGUUUCUUAUGUUUCUUGU